AUGUCUACUGUCCAGACCGCCAAAUUGCCAGUCUCCCUAGUCAAGCGAGGUCAGAUGGAAGGUUGGAUUCCGAAUCACGUCGUAGCAGCAGGAGCAAUCACAACCUUGGGAAAGGUGACAAUCCCGGAAACAGAUGAAAUGUCCACUAGUGCUGAUAGCCACAGGUCGGACUCCAAGCUUGAAUACUUGAUUGAAAGGGUGAGGAAUAACCUUAACCAGCGACAAACAGCGGACAGGGUAUUAUUGGAAAGGACGGGGGGAAUUCUGGAAGAGUCCUGCCAACAAUCCGAUAGUAAGCACGUGAAGACAAAGACAGAGGAAGUUAAGAUAACCCAGAUAGCUGCUGUAGAUACGGAUUCAGAAGAUUUACAGGAUGCGGAAUUACAGUAUCCCGAAAGUAGUAUUGCAGAGUAUGCAUAUAACUGGACGGACCCCCCCAUCAACCAAGUGGCGUCGGUACCCCAUAAUUCACCGGAACCCACCUGGGGACCUACCCGAUCUUCUUAUGUACCCCACAUUGGAACCACGGCAUUGUCAUAUCCAUGCAUACCCGAUCCUGACCCGACUCCUGGACCUCCUCCUUCACCACCUCCGGAGUUCUGCCCUACUGCUGUCUGUUCCGAUAUUCACCUUCGGUCCUGA